CCCUCUCUCUCUCUCUCUUCUCUCUCAGCUCAAUCCACUUCGCUUUCUGUGAGUCUCUUCCUCUCUUUGCUGGGAUUGGAUCAAUCUCCACCGUCGAUCUUUCUUCUACCUGAUGAAGCAGCUCUAGAAGGAACACGAUGAGCCCUGGUGAUCUUCUCCUGGUAAGAAGGAACACUUGUAGUAUUCAUUCCUGUUUUCACUUCCGGAAAUGUUCGACCCAUUUAUGGUGAUCCACGUUCGAACCUCCCCAAUCUGGUUGCGCAAGCGAAAAAAAUCACACACCCAGAAAAACCCAUAUCCAAAUUACUAAUCUUUUCGUACCAAAACUCCAAAUCUUUCAUCUUUUUGGGUUUCAGACGCAAUCUUUUUCAAGCUGUAAAGUUCCAAGAUUUCAUUUUUUCUUCAUUUGGGUCUAGCUUUUCUGCUUUGCAAAAUAGCAAUAGCAUCAGUAUCAGAUAGUUUGAGUUGAAUUAGUUGGAGUUGUACAAAUUUUUGAGUUGGGAAAAGAGGGGUUUUGGUUUGUUUAGUUGAUUUUCAAGGUGGCUAAGAUGAGCUUAAGAACAGCCGAGGAUGAUUCGGCUUCGGAGAUUCAUAUCCCAGCCGAUAUAGAUUGGCAUAUGCUUGACAAGUCCAAGUUUUUCUUUCUGGGUGCUGCUUUGUUUUCUGGUGUUUCAGCUGCUUUGUACCCAAUUGUGGUCUUAAAGACUCGCCAGCAGGUCUCCCCUGCUCAAAUCUCUAGCUUCAAGAUGUCGUAUUCCAUCAUGCGCCACGAGGGGCCGAAAGGGUUUUACCGAGGUUUUGGGACCUCUCUGAUGGGUACCAUUCCGGCCCGGGCUCUCUACAUGACAGCUCUUGAAGUUACCAAGAGCAAUGUUGGGAGUGUGACUGUGAAAUUGGGGUUUUCGGAUACUACUGCAUUGGCUAUCGCUAAUGCUGCUGCAGGGGUGAGCUCGGCCAUGGCUGCGCAGUUGGUUUGGACACCGAUUGAUGUUGUGAGCCAGAGACUUAUGGUUCAGGGUUGUAGCUACAGCAACAAAAGCACCAUCCCCAGUGCGAGUUCGUGUUCAUAUCAGUAUAGGAAUGGUUUCGAUGCGUUUAGAAAAAUUGUAGGCGCAGAUGGGGUGAGAGGAUUGUAUAGGGGGUUUGGAAUUUCGAUACUAACUUAUGCACCGUCUAAUGCGGUUUGGUGGGCUUCUUACUCUGUGGCACACAGACUCAUUUGGGGUGGUUUUGGUUGCUACAUGUGCAAGAAAGAUGAGAAUGGCUCAGCCAAUGGGUCGCCUAAUCUUAAGCCUGAUUGCAAGUCAAUGUUGGCAGUUCAGGGGUUGAGUGCAGCCAUGGCUAGUGGGGUUGCAGCUUUGAUUACUAUGCCUUUGGAUACCGUCAAGACAAGGCUGCAAGUUUUGGAUGGAGAGGAAAAUGGUCAGAGAAGGCCAUUAACAGUAAUGCAGACUGUGAAGAAUUUGGUUAGGGAAGGAGGGUUUGGUGCUUGUUACAGAGGACUAGGGCCAAGGUGGGCAUCAAUGGCUAUGUCUGCCACAACCAUGGUCACUACCUAUGAGUUUCUCAAACGGAUGUCAACUAAGAACCAAGUGAGCUGAGAACUCAAUUUAGAAGAACACAGAAAGCAAUGUUGUUCUUUCCUUAUCCUUUCACAUCGUUCUUACUUCCUGGCAGUAUUGGCCUGCCUAGCUAUAGUUAUCAACUCAGAUAUGUAAAUUUUUGUAUAGUGUACCACUCUCCUAGAGUUUCCUCUUUUGCCUCUAAUUAAAUCUAUGUUGCAUCUUGCUCUUUCAUCUAUCUUUUAUCCUAGUAUUUUCCGGUUUUGGGUAAUUUUCCAAAGAGCUCUUUGCCUGAAAUAUCUGGGUUCUUGUAGGCAGCUGGAAAAGUGCAGAAGAGAAUUUUGUUAGCUACCUUGGAUUACAUGCUUUCCAAAGUAUAUUUGGGUCU